GCUAACUAGCUUAUCUUGUGUUGCUUGUAUAGAGAUGCUUUGGUGAGAAGUGUGAAAUUUAGCAUUGCUGAAAACAUGCAGCGACUAUGGUGGACGAGGAGCUACAGUGUUGUGUGGCGAGGGGCAAGUAAAUAGUCUUGCAUAGGGUUUAACAGAUCGUAGAGGAUGAUUAUAAACAAAAUUAGGAUAUCUACCUUAUACGUUCUGUAUGAUACACCAUCGCUUCGUCAUAGCCUACACCGAAAUCAUGAAGAUGCUUUCUCGGGAGCAGCAUGCAAUGAUGCUGUUUUAUCCACAGUCUCCCAAGUCUGACUUCCAGACAGAACACAUUGAGGUAGCAUCAGGCAGACCCAGCCCCUGAUGACUGUUGGCAUCAAACCAACCUGGACUGCUAGGCCUUUUCACAGUCACCUCUGUCAUGGACAGAGUCAUGGUGAAGACGGAGACUCACAACAGCAACCCACCACAUAACAAGCACCAUAGCGAUUCUCUGUGGAAUGUUCCGGAAGAAGGGUCUCGUGAGCAUCAGUGCCCCACCCAACAUGGAGAUGGCAUCUCCGGGACAGAGGAUGCCAAGAACCACUUCAUCCAGCAAGAUGGGAGACUAUGCUCACUGUCCAGCCUUAAAAAAAGGCUGAUGGACAGAGAGAGGCAGCGGCGUCACAGAGAGAGGGUCCGUGCUGACCCUGAGAAACAGCAGGCCUACCGGGAGAGGGAAAGACAAAGGUACCAACGCAGGAAGAAUAUGGUCAUUGCUCUUCCAGAGCAAAUGACAGCAGAAUCCCAGAGCCAUGGCUUGAGUGACACAGAAUAUCAAACUGGGCCAACCGUUGAGGAUCACUCUCAUCCAAAUAACUACGCCUUCCAAGACAUGUCACAGAAUUCAGACACGGAAACAGGCAACAUGGCACAAACGGAUAACAUGGUGACAAAAAGGCCAACUCCUGAGGCUGAUAUUGUUGACACCAGACAGCAGAUAAAAGAGAUUAAUCCAGUCAGCCGUCUGUUGCGUGUUACAGAAAAAGAGACUAAGGAACACAUAUUCUCUACCCAACACAGAGCUGGUGUGUUUGGGUCACAGGAUGUCAACUAUUAUUUUGUACAACAAAAUGGGGACCUGUGCUCACUUUCAAGGUUUAAAAAGAGAUUGAUGGACCGAGAGAGACAGCGGCGCUACAGAGAACGGAUCCGCUCCAACCCUGUGAAGCAGUCUGAUGAUGAAAAGGAAAGACGAAGGUUCAUGGACAGAGAGAGGCAGCGACGACGGAGGGAGAGGAUGCGUGCUGAGCCUGACCAGCAGCAGUCCUGCGCAGAGAGGGACAGACAAAGGUUGUUGGAUAGAGAAAGGCAACGACGCUGCAGACAGAGGCUUCAAGCGGACCCUGUGAGGUGGCAAGCUUACCUGGAGAAGGAGCGGUGCAGGUCCAGGGAGGCAGCCAGGAGAAGCCGGGCUAAGAAGUCUCUGGCCAAGGCCCUGACAGGCUGGAUAUCAGAUUGGGGGCAGGGAAGGCAGUAAGGAAACCUAGUAGUAGACGUUCCCUUCAAAAUGGUCACUCAUGGUGGGGGUUUGUGGUGAAGGGAGAAAUGAGACACCUCACCGGGCGGGGCAGGUCAACUGGCCCCUGACACCAGAGCAGAACUUCUUGGUGGGACAGUCAUAGCACAUAAGGACUUCAUCACAGAGUUUCUUAGCAGUACCAAGACGUAAAAAGCCCUGCCCUACUCAGGAGUUUAUGUCUUUUUUCAUCUUUUUUAUUCAGAUUUCUUGUCAUUGCUUUGGUAUGGGCUGUAGUUUAGAAACAUUCUUCAGAAGUGCUGAAGUAUUAUUUAUUGCAUAAUUAGUUUUGUUAUAUAUUAGGUGUCAAUGGAAUUUGACUGUGAUGUGCUCAUGUUGAAUUUGGUCUUUAAAUGUUUAACUUUCGAAAAAGAGUUUUUAGCACGAAGGUGAUAACUGAAAGGUGAUAACUAAUAUUACAAAUAAAUGUAUCAUUUGAUGAGAAAGUUGUUUUUAUGGAUUUGCCUUUACAGUAUAAGAAAUUUAAAAAAUCCAAUAGGAA